CGAGAGCAGGGGCAGACGGCCGGCCGGGGCCUAGUAGCAGCGACAGUUGCCGGCAAGAAGCAGCGGCGGCGGCGGCGGCGAGGGGGAAGCGCGGCGAGGCUGGAGCCCCGGCGUCGUGGGGCGCAGCAGCCUCCUCCAACAAUGCCCCCUUCAUCAUAGUAAUGUAGAACAGUAUUCUGGCUUUGGUUAUGAGUGCUGGCUGUAUGCUUUUCAGAGCAGUAGUGUGAGGAAGCUUGGAGUGGAAUGGCAGGACGGCCUCAUCCUUAUGACAGUAACUCCAGUGAUCCAGAGAAUUGUGAUCGAAAAUUGCAUAGUAGACCCCGUAAACUUUGUAAGCAUUCAAGUUUAUUGAAAUCUGACAAGCUGGCAGGACUAGAAAUAGCUUCACAGAUGGCAUUUGGCAAUAUACCAAGCAGCUCUUCUCUUAUGCGUUCCUUACACUGUCCAUCAACUAUGUUAGCCAAUGGCUGCUCAGAGAUGAGGAAAUGUUCUUCUUCACGUGUUACUAAAGGAGAUUGUAGUAAAAUGAGUCUCCAUGGUGCUAGUGGUGGGCAUGAAAGGUCACGAGACCGACGUAGAUCAAGUGAUAGAUCACGUGACUCCUCCCAUGAAAGGCUCGAGUCUCAGCUCACCCCGUGUAUCAGAAAUGUGACUUCACCAACAAGACAGCAUCAAGGAGAACGUGAGAAAGAUCAUAGCUCAUCUCGUCCAAGCAGUCCUCGACUUCAGAAAACCUCUCCAAAUGGUUCCAGUAGUAGUAUUGGGAACAGUAGAAACAGCAGCCAGUCAAGUUCAGACGGAAAUUGCAAGAAUGCUGGCGAAAUGGUAUUUGUAUACGAGAAUGCAAAAGAGGGAGCUCGGAACAUAAGGACUUCUGAGAGAGUAACGCUCAUAGUGGACAACACUCGAUUUGUUGUAGAUCCUUCUGUUUUUACUGCACAGCCAAAUACAAUGUUGGGCAGGAUGUUUGGAUCAGGAAGAGAACAUAAUUUCACACGGCCCAAUGAGAAAGGAGAGUAUGAAGUGGCCGAGGGAAUUGGCUCUACUGUGUUUCGUGCUAUUCUGGAUUACUACAAGACCGGGGUGAUCCGUUGUCCAGAUGGAAUAUCUGUUCCUGAACUUAGAGAAGCUUGUGACUAUCUCUGUAUUUCUUUUGAUUAUAGCACUAUCAAAUGUAGAGACCUCAGUGCUCUUAUGCAUGAAUUAUCAAAUGACGGCGCUCGGAAACAGUUUGAAUUUUACCUUGAAGAAAUGAUACUGCCACUGAUGGUAGCCAGUGCUCAAAGUGGGGAAAGAGAGUGCCACAUUGUGGUGCUCACUGACGAUGAUGUGGUCGAUUGGGAUGAAGAAUACCCUCCACAGAUGGGGGAAGAAUACUCACAAAUUAUUUAUAGUACAAAGUUGUAUCGAUUCUUCAAGUACAUUGAAAACAGAGAUGUGGCCAAGUCAGUCCUGAAGGAAAGAGGCCUUAAGAAGAUUCGAUUAGGUAUAGAAGGUUACCCCACAUACAAGGAAAAGGUUAAGAAGCGGCCUGGAGGACGGCCAGAAGUCAUCUAUAAUUACGUCCAAAGACCUUUCAUCAGGAUGUCAUGGGAGAAGGAAGAAGGGAAAAGUCGGCAUGUUGAUUUCCAGUGUGUAAAAAGUAAAUCUAUUACCAACCUGGCAGCAGCUGCAGCAGACAUUCCCCAGGACCAGCUGGUGGUGAUGCACCCCACUCCCCAAGUGGAUGAGUUGGAUAUUCUUCCCGUCCCCCCUCAACCCAGCAACAGUGAUGUGGAUCCUGAGGGACAGAACUUGCCACUCUGAUCUGAACUCCUGGUUAAACAAAAGCAUGCUAUUAUAAAAAUAAAGAUGCUGUAAUGAGCUCAUACUGCACUACAAUUCCAGCUUCUCUCCAUUGUGUAAUGAACAUAAAAUGUUUUAGGAUAUUGCAGUAUGGACUUACAAAAGACCAAAGUGGGAUCUGAUUAUGGUUUGUGGGAGUACAUGUGUAACAACAUCCUGAGGUUCAGUUACAUACCUGCAUAUGUUUACCAGUAGGUUUUGUGGUAUUGGUUAUUUGUAUGGUGGACUGUCCUCAUCCUAAGGCUCUUUGUCACAGCAGGAUUUGGAAGUUACAGUUUAUUCAGUAUUUUGGUACACGAGUGGGCAAAAUGCAGACUUAAAAUUGAUAGUGGCACUUUAUUAAUGGUGGACAAAAAGAAUUCUCAAAGCCAUUUUUAUAGUCAUGAUGCACAAUGUUGAGUCUAACAGUGUGCUUCUUUCAGAUACUUUCUAUUCAGCUAAAUGUAAAUAGUUUGUUCUGAAUGGAGGUGAUGAGCCUACUUUGUUCUCUUAUGGACGAGCACAAAAUUAAUUCUUGCCACUGGGGCUUUUGGAUUGUGAGGUUGAGAUCCAACAGCCUUCUUUUUCAGAUUUAUUCAGUGAAGGGUUUUUUCAUGUUUGAUGUGAGCCAUGUUCAAGAGUCAGGAACAUAUGAUACGGGCUUUAUCUUAAAAUUCUGCCUUACCUUAAAUCUGUUCACAGAAAUAUUUAUUUACUGAGUUUUUUCAUAAGUGACAUGGAAUAGGAAAAUGCAAAUUGUUCACUCUUCAUUUAUUAACUGAUUGUAAACGAGUUUUUCAUUCAAAUAAAAAUUUCCAUUAUUUUAA